AUGGGAAUAAGCGCAAUGCAAACCAGUAAUUUGGACGAAUUAGCCGAAUCUUUGUUUAUGCUUCUGACACUAAUUGCAAUGAUUCCUAAAUAUCUGACAAUUAUUGGCAAACGCAAAGAAAUCCAAAAAUUGAUUGUUCUUCUGGAUUCAGACAGCUUGAUUCAAGAUGGUGAUGAUGAUGUCAAGAAAAUGUUGAAUGAUAGCAUAAAAAUUGGAAAACUUAAUACCAGAUUUUUUCUUUCUGUAUCACUAUCUACUGUUGUUCUGAUUUAUGCAUUACCAUUCAUGGAUAUAACUCAAAGAAGGUUGCCAUUGCCUGCUUACUAUGGAGUCGAUCAUACAUUGUUUCCUUGGUUUGAAAUUUUGUACCUUUAUCAAACUCUUGGGAUGACUGUUCACUGCAUGAUGAACGUAACAAUGGAUUCUUUUGCUUGUGGAAUUUUGGCAGUUGCUGGAGGACAAUUGGACGUCCUGGCUCACCAAAUGCGCCAACUUGGUACUACCAAUUCCAAUAUUAAGGAGGAGCACGUGAAAAUUGAAAAAUGUGUCAACUUACAUCUGGUGAUAGACAGAAUGCUCAAAAAUGUUGAAAGCAUUUUUAGAGUAUCAUGGUUUGUUCAAUUUCUACUAAGUGGUGUAGUCAUUUGCAUUACUGGUUUUCAAAUGUCUACGAUAUCGCCACUCAAAAAUCCAACGAAAUUCUUCAUGCUUUUAUGUUACCAGGUUGCCAUGACGUUCAUGGUCUUCAUGUCUUGUAGAUUUGGAAAUGAAAUUAUACUAAAGAGUUUGAAUUUGCGCGAUGCUGCUUUUUCUUGCAACUGGCCAGAUUUAGAUCAGGAUUUUCGAAAGAAAAUAAUAAUAUUUAUGGAAAGCACUAAGAGACCUAUAAAGUUAUAUGCAGGAAAAAUGCUGGAACUUAGUUUGGGCACAUUCACAUCGGUUAUUAAUUCCUCAUACAGAUAUUAUGCAGUUCUAAAUCAUAUGAAGAGUUUAGAAAAUUAUUUGGAAUAA